CAGGCUCGUUUCAUGCACCAGCAGACCCUGCCCCACAAUCGCACACGGGCAUCUGAGUUUGCACACCUUGCCAGCCAAGCUUGCUCAUGGCGGUCGAGGCCAGGCUGUGCCGUGCCAUGCCCGAUCGCCCAGCGAUUCAUGCUCGCCAAGCGCAAUCAGCCCAGGGCAACCUCCAGCGGUCACCACUAGACAGCGUGAUUCUCAACCAGUACCCUCUCGAUGGCCCGUGGGGGUGCUGCCUUUCCAUCCCCCAGUCGGUGUCUCCCUUUCACUUGGAGCUUUGCGUCGAGGAUGCGAUCGACGGGCGUUGUGAUCGAUGGAAAUGGGAUUCCCAUCCGGAAGCGUCCACAGCCGGCACUUUGUUUCGCCAUCUCCGAAAUGCACAUCGACCAGCGAGGCCUCCCACCUUCGACACAAUCCGCACCCGCUGUUGCUCCCUGCUCUGCGCACCAGGCUUGUGCUUGGUGUGCUGUCUUGUCCUCUCGCCCUCCCUCUCCAGGCCGGCUGGCUGGCUGGCUGGCUGGCAGCCGGACCUCCCAAAGGGUCUGUUGGGCGGAGCUUGCUUCCGCAGCCUUGCGCCGUCCGAUACCAUUCGAUACCAUCCGAGACCAUUCAAUGCCGUUCGAGGCGGGCGAAACUCCGUCCGGCGGUUGCUGUCCAGCCGCUGCCCUGGGGAUCCUCAGACGAUGAACCCGCGAGCCGAUCUGGGAUCGUCAUACACAGCAGCCACACUAUGCCGCGAUAGGAUCGAUGUCGUCGUCUGGGAUGACACCGACCGAACACCACCAUCCUCAUGCCCACUUGCUGGCCUCCCUCUCGUCUGAGAAAGGGAGCAUUGCUUUUGGUGGUCCAAUUGCCCGGCCAGCUCAACUCCACCGCUGCUGGCGGCCGCCUCUGCCCAGUCAUAAAGCCCUCUCGCCGCCGUUCGCCCGCCCUUUUCUCUCCCUCCUCGAGACCGCCUUUUGAGCUUCCUUUGCUUGCCCGCCUGCCCGUCGAUCGUUGGCCUCUGUUUAUCGCUCGUCCUCCGCCGGAUUGUCUCUUGGAUUCCUUUCGAGUC